CGUUGAUCCAGCAUGGCGACACUCAGCUCACCACUGCGGGUAUGUCGGGGCAUUUUAAAAGAACUGAGAUAUUUAAAAGGAGCUGAAUAUAAAAACACCAUGGCUUAUACCUACGUGAUGGAGCAGUUCAGGAAAAACCAGGUGACCAGUGAGCGACACUGCCGCGCUCAGAAGGAGGCGAUUCAUGCAUCAGAUUCAUACCUGUGUCUGCUGGCAUCCACACGCCAGCACCAAGAGCUUCACAAUCUGUACCAUGGCAAAGGAGAGCGCCUCCCGGAGGAAGUGGCAAGUUUGGUGGGGCUGAGAUUACCCACACAGCCCGGUGGUAAAGGAUGGGAGAAGUAGAAGGGGACUGGAUUGAAUUUAAUUACUUUGAUUCACUGUGUGUUCUGUGUUUAAUAUCAGGGUGUGUGUGAGCCGAUUUCUGAAUUUUGUUUUGUCAUUAAAUUAAUAAAUAUGAUUAAGUGA